CCCUCUCUCUCCCUCCCUCCCUCCUUCCCUGUCUCUCUCGACAGCGGGAGCAGUUUGCUCAUCCGGUCGAUGAUGGGUGCGCGCUAGGGGCGGUUGCCAUGUGGGCCUGGCAGUGGCCACCGGAUUCGAGUGCCAUGCGAGCAGGAUGCCGGGUGCCCCAUGGCAGCGGCCACCGUGGGUGGGGUCAUUUUGCCCCCGACAGCCGCGGGCGUUGGCCGUCUUGCAGUGCCCUGUCGCGCGCCAUGGGGCCUGGCACGCCUCGGGAGCCUGGGUGUCGGCGUCAGCCGGCCCGGAACCCCCGGGCCCGGGCCGACGCGUGUGCCGUGCCUCGGGGCGCCACUUGGCACCGGCCGGCCAUCCCGGGGGCGUGGUGCGCUUUCUCCCUCGCCCUCGCGUGCCUGCGCCCUGGGGCUGUCCUCCGCCUGGGCUGUGGGUUUGCGUCUUCAUGUGAAGCGCGCCGGCAUGCGGGCCCCCCCUCCCGGGCGCAUCGCCGCCGUAGCCCCGGUCGCGUGGACCGCGCCCCGCCACUGCUCUUGCCUGUCGGCCAUGCCCAUGGUUUCUCCGGCGCCUCUGUCGGUGUGUCUGCCGCGCGCGCACGCGCGCAUGUGCCUGCGGGCCCCCUUGCCUGCCGGCCGGGCUGGCCCGGGCCGUGGGACCGGGCUUUCGCUGCGGCGGUGCCUCCCCGGCCGGCCGCCUGACCCGGGUCCCUGGCCGGGGCGAACACACCUCGGGGCCGAGGUCGCGCGGCUGCACCGGGCCCCCCCGUCCAUGACAUGCAUGUGGGUCCGCGCCCGGCGCAUGCCCGGGGGGGGAUGGGCCUCCCAGGCGGGGGAGGGCGAGACGGCCUGGGCAUCGACUCCCGGCGUGCUUGGGGCUGGGUCGGCGCUCGGCCGCAACAUCCGGCGGUUCGUGUGCCUCUCCUCGCGCCGGUCGGCUGCUCUCGGCCUCUUUGUCGGUUUGUCCGUGUGGGUGUCUACGCGUCGGCAUGUGCCGGCGUGGGAGCGGUCGGCGCCUGGCGGGCGUCGGCACAGCCGGCCGGCCUGCCCUGCCAUGCUCGGCUCCGCACGGCAGCCUCUUGCGCUGGGGAGCGCCCGGCCACAUGGCUGUGAGGGGGGACCCUUCUCCUGGGGCUUGGGCCCGGCCGGGAGCGCGUCGGCGUCACAUCAGCCGAGGGCCGAGCCCUGCGUGUGUCGCCGGCCAUGCCGGUCCCAGGGGGACCUUCCCUGGCCGGGAAAAGGGGCCAGGUCAUGUGCCAGUAGAUGCCGAGGAGGCAGCCACCGCCGCGCCUGGCGAGGCGGUGGCCCGGCGUGAGCCGGGGGAGCAGAGGC